GAGGAGAAGGAGGAGGAGGCGGAGGCGGAACGCGCUCGCAGGAGGUCCGGCAGAACGGUGAAGAUCCUGAACAACAUGAAGAAGCGGCUGAGUGGCCUCACCGCCGAGGCCAAGUUUCUCGAGGAUGAGAUCAAGGAGAGGAAGGCGAUGCUAGCGAAGACGGAGCACGACAUCGUGAAGGUCGUCGAGGAGAAGGAGGCCGCGCGGAAGGAGCGCAAGAAGCUCCAGGCCCAGUCCCGCCAGACGCCCGAGAUGCCGCAGGUGGUUGACUACGUCACCCAGAAGGAGGAGCAGUUCCGGCUGGAGGCGGAGAAGCGGAACUGGGUGCGGAAGGUCGAGCUCGUCGAGACCGCGGCAAAGCGGGUGAACUUGCUGCACCGGGCGCCGAGGAUCGGAGGCGGAGCACAGCGAGUAGGAUAG